AUGGACUUUCUCAAGUCCGCAGUAGCAUCAGCCAUCUCCAAAGGGCCGGCUUUUGGAUAUACGUUUGGCGAUCGUGUAGACCUCAACGACUCCAUCUGGACGUUGCACAACGGCACAAAGCGAGAAGAUGGCUCCAAGUGCAGUAUAUUCUCCUUCGACAUUACUGCGAACAAAUCUCGGCUGCCACUCGCCCGCAAUGCACUCCGCAAACUACGAACCCUGCGACACCCAGGCGUAGUCAAGGUUCUCGAUACUGUAGAGACGGAGACAUACAUCUACAUUGCCACAGAAAGACUGAGUCCUCUGAGCUGGCAUGUGAAAAGGAAGAGCCUGACAGAGGAAACCACAAAAUGGGGGUUACACAACGUAGCGCAGACAGUCAAGUUCAUCAAUGCGGACGCCGCCUCGAUUCAUGGCUGCCUUCGCCCGGCAUCAAUCUUCUUCAGUGAAAGCGGCGAGUGGAAGCUCGGUGGAUUCGAUGCUCUUAGUUCUGUCAAGGAGGAUGACUCUAUACUACCUACCUAUGGCGGACUCAUACCUGAUGCUGGCCGCUAUAUGCCCCCCGAGAUUGCAAAAGCGGGAUGGGAGGUGGUCAAACAGAACCCAACCCCAGCGGUCGAUGCGUACAAUUUUGGCAUUCUCAUCUUUGAGGUCUUCAAUGGCGGCUACCACAGUAGUGACCAGCUGGGACAGAUGAAGAGCAUCCCCGCCAGCAUGCAUCAGUCCUACAAGCGUCUUCUUAACCCAAACCCGAAGUCACGAAUGAGCGUUGGGCAAUUCCUGGACCAAGGGAAACGGCUAGGGGGGUUCUUCCAAACGCCACUGAUCCAGGUAACAGACGACAUCGAAAACCUUGGUCUGAAGGCAGAGGAUGAGCGCAAUGAGUUGCUCGGUAAGCUUGACGAAGUUUCUGAUGACUUUCCUACAGACUUCUUCAAGAUGAAGGUACUUCCCGAAUUGCUUAAAUCUGUCGAAUUUGGUGGAGGUGGUCCCAAAGUAUUCAGCACUGUCAUGCAAAUCGGACAGAAACUUUCGGAUGAAGAGUAUGAAACUCAAAUCACUCCAGUGGUGGUGCGACUUUUUGCCAAUCCAGAUCGAGGGAUACGCGUCUGCCUGCUGGACAAUUUGCCGCUCAUGAUUGAUCACCUCCCACAAAAGCUGGUCAAUGAUAAAAUCUUUCCUCAAAUGGUCACAGGAUUCUCAGACAUUGCACCAGUCGUGCGAGAACAGACCGUUAAGGCCGUCUUGACUGUCGUUCCCAAACUCUCCGACCGGACCAUUAAUGGCGAGCUCCUCCGCCACCUAGCAAAGACAUCAAAUGACGAGCAACCCGGUAUCCGUACCAACACCACAAUUUGUCUUGGCAAAAUUGCGAGGAACUUGAGUUCAAGUAGUCGAGCAAAGGUACUUGCUGCUGCCUUCUCUCGGUCGCUGCGUGAUCCUUUCGUACAUGCACGCAAUGCUGCUCUUUUGGCUCUUGCUGCAACGGCCGAUCUGUUUAGCGAGGAUGACUGUGCGAGUAAACUGCUUCCCAUCAUGUGUCCGUCAUUAGUCGACAAGGAGAAGAUCAUUCGGGAUCAAGCUCAAAAGAGUGUGGAUAUUUACCUAGCCCGCAUACGGAAGUUCGCCGCCACCAUGCCGGAUACCGUGCUCCCAUCACCUGGUCUAAUCUCCGGCAUUGCUGCUGGCCCUACACCUCGCAUGGGUACUCCAGCGAACGACACCUCCUGGGCUGGAUGGGCAAUUUCGAGUUUCACCAAUAAGUUGGCUGCCACAGCCGGAGAGAUGCAAGCCCGUUCUUCAACGAAUGGAGCGGCAGAUCAGAGACCAGCUUCAGUUCCGCCAUCCACAACACCCAAUAAGCCACCAGUUCCUCUAGCAUCGAAGCCAGGCAUGACACUUCACAGCUCAAAGAGUUCAACAAUCAUUCCAACUGUCACCUCUCCGGACGCUGUUACCAGUUUUGAUGACGAAGUCGAGGACUUUGACAAUGAGUGGGGAGGUUUUGGCGAUGAUGAUAGAAUGGGCGCCAAGACCACCGAGCCAGAUGAUCAGGACGACGAAGAUCCAUGGGGUGCACCAUCUGUGUCAAAGCCGACAAGUAAGAUAUCGUAUGACGACAAAGGUGAACCAGACUUUGCUGGCUGGCUCGCGGCUCAGUCUACUGCAAAGAAGAUAGUGAAGAAUCCACUACCCAAAGCGCUUUCCAAGCCUUCAGCGCCAGCCACAAAGUCUACGCGCCCUGUUGUAGGAGGCAGAUCAAGUACAACCGGCUCUGCAACAACGCGAAAGGUUGUGGUACCGCCAAAGAAGGAAGUCAAGAAAGAAACGGAAAAAUCCAAGGAAGAGGAGGAGGAAGGGUGGGGUGAUGCAUGGUGA